AUGUUCAACGCCGAUACUUGGAAAUUGUGGGAAAGAAGCGGAAAAUCUGAUUUCUUGAAACAAUGCAAAACGCUGCUGAAGGACGACCAACAGAGCCCACUGUUCACGAGGAACGAACGGAAGGGCGGCAUUUCCCGGGCAAUCUACGAGCUGGUCGCACGCGGCAUCCAUGGCCAGCUGAAGAAGGACAGCGUGCUCCAGAUGCUCGGCGAGCUGGUGAGCCUCCACAAUGACGUUCCCUCGAUCCUGCUGGAUGUGUUCGGAAUCUUCGACGCGGAAACGGCAGGCACCGGAGGCGAUGCACCCCCGAGCGAAGAUCGCGCAAACUUCUGCUACAUCGUGAAAGAGACGGAACGGUUCCUAUCAGAAAAGCUACUCAAGGAACGGUUAGAAAUCGACACACUGCAGGAUGUUGGCACAAUCAAGAACCGCAGCUUCUACACACGCUUCAUCAAAGUGAAAACGAAGCUUUACUACAAACAGCGUCGGUUUAAUUUGUUUCGCGAAGAAAGCGAAGGUUACGCCAAACUAAUCACGGAGCUGAACCAGGAAUUCAAUCAGGAAACGAUAACCGUUCAGAACAUAUUGGAGAUUAUUAAAUCUUUGAUCGGUUGCUUCAAUCUCGAUCCAAACCGAGUGCUUGACAUCACACUGGAAUCGUUCGAAGCCCGGCCAGAACAGGACCGUAUUUUCAUACCGCUGCUACAGGCGUACAUCAACGAUGGCAACAUCAUCUGCGAGGUGCUGGGGUACAAGUAUCGCUACUUUGCCGACGUCCAAACGCCGGGUUCGCUGUUUAAGGUUACCGCACUGCUGCUCCAGCAUGGCGUUAUCAAGCUGGAUGAUAUAUACGCAUGGCUUAACCCACCGGACAAGUCUAUUGUGGCGGAUUGGGAUGCGGAGAUGGCCCAAGCGAAAGAGUACGUUCGCAAGCUGAACAUUAUCGUCACCAACAAGGACAAGGAACCAGAGCAGGAGCCCGAGUUCGAGACGGCACCGGAGAAGUACGCGCUCAAUCAAAAGUGGGGUCUCUGCGAGGCCCUGCUGAUGAUCGGUGACUGGACAACUGCUCAACAGUUAAUCCGCAAGCUCCCCGAGCAGUCGGUAAUGGUACACGAACCGAUAGCGCGCGCCUUGUGCCGAUUGUUGCAUAUGAUCAUCGAACCAGUUUAUCGGUUAAAAUGUGCGCUACCGGCUAACAUAAAAGGACGCGCUAUUUCGAUGUACGGAGUACUGAACAAGCUCGCCCCACCGCCUGUGACCUCGUUGACGAAACUUCGACUGCACGCAUUCCCGAUGUUUACCGCGCUGGGACCAUCGUUGCACUACGAUUCGGUGCUGCUGUACAAACUGUUGCGGCUGAUGCGCGUCAUCCUGACGGACAUGAACGUAGAUCCGUUGAACCCGCCGACACCAACUGGCACGACAACAGAGCACGAUCAAUUGUACUAUGACAUCCUUACGCUGUUGGACGCGUCCGUGUUACCCGCGCUUGCCUACAUGGACUGCAACUGUUGCGUGGCGGAAGAGAUUUGGUCGAUCGUGAAACUGUACCCGUACCAGUACCGGUACAGUUUGUACGCACGGUGGAAAAACGACACGUUCCAGCUGCAACCGCAGCUGAUUCAACGGCGCGGUACAGCGCAAAAGCAAAUCAAAGCGCUUAUGAAACGGGUCAGCAAGGAGAACAGCAAACCGGUGGGGAGAUUGAUCGGCAAGCUGAGCCAUUGUUCACCAGGUUUCCUGUUUGAAUACAUUCUCCUGCAAAUACAAAUCUAUGACAAUCUUAUCGCACCGGUCGUGGACUCCCUAAAGUAUCUGACCUCCCUGUCGUACGAUGUGCUCGGUUACUGCCUCAUCGAAGCGCUCGAGCAGGUCGAUCGGAAUCCGAUGCAAAACGACGGCACCAGCAUCUCGCUGUGGCUGCAGAGUUUGGCCAACUUCUGCGGUGCGAUCUACAAGAAGUACAACAUCGAGCUGAGCGGUCUGCUGCAGUACGUGGCCAACCAGCUAAAGUCCCACAAGAGUCUCGAUUUGCUCAUCCUGAAGGAGGUCGUACAGAAGAUGGCUGGCAUCGAGGCGGCCGAAGAGAUGACCAGCGAGCAGCUGCAGGCGAUGUGCGGUGGUGAGCUGCUGCGUGGUGAAGCGGGUUAUUUUAGCCAAGUGCGCAACACGAAAAAAUCAUCCCAGCGGCUGAAGGAAGCCCUUGCCAGCAAUGACCUGGCGGUUGCACUGUGCUUGCUGAUAGCGCAGCAAAAGCACUGCGUCAUCUACCGCGAGACGGCCCAAAGUCACCUGAAGCUGGUGGGUAAGCUGUACGAUCAGUGCCAGGACACGCUGGUACAGUUCGGAACGUUCCUCGGUUCAACGUACUCGGUCGAGGAGUACGUGGAGCGGUUACCAACCAUACACAGUAUGCUGCAGAGAUACCACAUACACUCGGAUGUGGCGUUUUUCCUCGCGCGUCCCAUGUUUUCGCAUGCAAUCAAUCAAAAAUACGACCAACUACGCAAGGCGGACUCGAACGCGAAGAAACUUUCCACGUCACAGAAAAUGGCCAAAUACCUCGAAGCAACGGCGCACGUCAUGAGUCCGGUGAUCGAGUCCGUACGGCCGUUGCACCCUCCAAAAAUCUGGGAAGACAUCAGCCCUCAAUUCCUCGUCAGUUUUUGGUCGCUCUCGAUGUACGAUCUGCAGGUACCGAUGGAAAGCUACCAGCGGGAAAUCAGCAAACUGAAGCAACUCUCCAUGGCCGUGAUGGAAUCGAAGGAGCAAAAUGCGUCGAAAAACAAAAAAGAACAGGAACGCUACAUCGCGCUGAUGGACAAGCUGCAGGACGAGCGGAAAAAGCAACAAGAGCACGUGGACAAAAUCAUGCACCGGCUGACGAAUGAGAAAGAUUACUGGUUCCUGUCGCGGUCCGCCAAAUCGGCUAAAAACGAAACUAUCACCCAAUUCCUGCAGCUGUGCCUGUUCCCACGUUGCACAUUCACCGCGCUGGAUGCGAUCUACUGCGCCAAGUUUGUGCAUACCAUACACAAUCUGAAAACGGCCAAUUUCUCCACCCUGCUGUGCUACGAUCGGAUAUUCUGCGACAUAACGUAUUCCGUAACGUCCUGCACGGAAAACGAAGCGACCCGGUACGGGCGGUUCCUGUGCGCCAUGCUGGAAACCGUAAUGCGCUGGCACUCGGAUGAGGCAACGUUUAACAAAGAGUGCGCCAACUAUCCCGGCUUCGUGACCAAGUUUCGCGUCAGCAAUCAGUACUCGGAGGCGAUCGAUCACGUGAACUACGAAAACUAUCGGCACGUGUGCCACAAAUGGCACUACAAAAUAACGAAGGCGAUGGUGUUCUGUCUCGACUCGAAGGACUACAUGCAGAUUCGCAACUCGCUCAUCAUCCUCAUGCGUAUACUGCCUCACUUCCCGGUGUUGGCAAAGCUGUCCCAGAUCAUCGAGAAGAAGGUCGAAAAGGUGCGCGAAGAGGAGAAAAAUCAGCGGCAGGAUCUGUUCGUGCUAGCCUCAAGCUACAUCGGCCAGUUGAAGGCGAAAUCGGGACAGAUGAUGCUGGAAUCGGACUUCCACCAGGUGCCGGAGAAAACAUUCAAAUCGACCACAUCCACGAUGGCGACGGCAGCUGAGCAGGACACGAAAGUGGCCGUUAACGGUGGUGACGUGAAAGGCGGACAAAGCACGAGGCAGACGCAAUCAGGCGGAUCUUCAAUGGGCAAUGGCACCAUGAGUGGCAACAUGGGAGGAAAUUCUUCAUCCACAUCAUCAUUCUCCGGUGGGGGCUCUGGGCAAGGUACCGGUACAUCGAACGGUAACCUCGGUAGCGACCAUCGUGGGACCGGUGAAAUGAUAAAAAAGGAACCAUCUUCAUCAUCCUCUUCGGGGUCGCGAGACAUCGUCGGCACUUCGUCGAUGAUUCGCGAGACGUCCGUGUCGUUAAUACGCGAAAAAUCCUCCAAAGAGAUCAAGCGCGAGGAGCGUGCCCGAGAGAAGGAACGGGAGCGUGAAGAAGCGGCCGCCGCAGUCGCGUCACUCAUUGCGGAUCGUAAGCGUGAGAAGGAAAAACGGCGAGACAAGCGAGAUCACUAUGAUCACGAGCGUGAAUCGAGAACCAACGAAAGGGAUCUAAUGCCGCGCGAUCGUAGUGAAAGAGAUCUAAGCUCGGUAUCGAAUUCAAGCAACGAGCAACAACACAGCAGCAGUAGACGUAGCCAGGACCCACCGGAACAUGAUAGAGAAAUGAAACGUCGCAAGCUUGAAGGAUCCAGCUCAAAGAACAAGCACGAUGAUGGUACCGGCUCCAACCAACAGCUACUAUCGGAGUCGAAAAAGGAACGCAGCAGCAAGACGAAGGAAAAGCGUGACAAGACUGACGAAGAAAAGGAACUGCGCAAGGAGCGUAAGCUCGGUCGCAAGCGGCAGGAUCGCAAUCCGGACGAAUCGUUACUGACGGACAAGCGGUUACGUCGAGAGGAGGAAAAGGCCCAGAAGCUGCUGUCACACCAAAACGGCGACAAUGACGGUGACCUUCCGCCCAUGUCCGUGUCGUCGUCGCACCGGGAAAAACAUCACCAUCACCAUUUGAAGGAAAAAUCUCCAUCGUACGGUGGCGGCGGUGGUGGUAGCGUACUGCGGGAUCACCGCGAACGUUCACACGACCGGGGAUUGGAUCGCGGAGAGAAACAGUACUUUACGAAAACGUCCCGCACACGCUCGGGCUAUUAAGGGUUUUUAUCAAUCUGGAUUGCAACGGUGAUCGAACGCGAGUCCUGUCGGAUUCCUUGCGCGAUAAUCGCGGACCGUUCUCUUUUUAUUCCUUGCCGUACAUGUACAGCGAUGGCGAACAUGCUCAUUCGCUGUGCCCUGUUGAAACGUUCAAGAUGUAAUACCAUACCGCCUAAGUUGUAUUGUAUUAAACUAGAUCGUCCAUAGUAAAGUAGAAUACUAAAUUACUCGGACCUCUUUGGCUCGCCCUCGUGAAACCUUUCCACUUUUGUUAGGUUCUCAUUUUUUUAAUUUAGCUUGAUUUCAAGCCGCACGCAUCGACGUUACGCUCGUUUACAUACCAAUAGGCUUGCAGCACACGUGUGAUAAGGAACCGAUACCGCAUGAGCAAUCGCCAAACAAAGCGAAUGGAUCCUUGUUCUGUAACGGUUCCCUAUCACAUCUGUCUAUGGCCCAAUUCAGCCUGCGGACACAUAAAAUGGCAGUGUUCAUUGAAAGUGGUUGCACUUCAAUGUAGGAUAAUAGAUAAAGUAGGAAAAUUCAAUCCUUACUCCUAUUGAAUGGAUCAUUUCGAACCGAUAUAACGUGGCCCAUGAUUGAUCUUUAGCGGCAAACGCGAGAAUAUUGCCAAUCUUCCGGCGCUGGUAGGCGUAAUGGCAGGUCCCGGAUCGAUGUGUCCCAAACGCGUCGGUGUGCAUCUAUGAGUUUGAAAUCUUUCACUCAACAGAACGGUUCCUGUUGCAUCCUCUGUACGGUUAGGUCAUGACCAACGGAAUGCGUAGGAAAGAUAUUUUAUCACAGAACAUUAAAUGACCCCCACUCCAGGGUGUUGCUCCUGUUGGUGUUACUAAGCGCUGGCCCGAUGGGCGUUGUGCGUUCUAGGUGAGAAAACGUAAGAAGUAAUAAAAUACAUUUGUACAUUUUAAGUUAGAUAUGAUGUAAUAAAAAUAGAGUACGUAAAAUAAAUACAA